AUGUCGACGACCCGCGCCAACACGAAGGUUAUUGUUGUGGGUGGCGGUGGCACCAUUGGCGCUUCAACGGCACUGCAUCUCCUUCGUGCUGGCUACACUCCAUCGAGCAUCACCGUCUUGGAUACGUACCCGAUCCCUUCGGCGCAAUCGGCCGGCAAUGAUUUGAAUAAGAUUAUGGGGGUCCGUAUACGGAAUCCUGUGGACAAACAGUUGAGUCUCGAGGCGAGGGAUAUGUGGAGAAAUGACGAAUUGUUCAAACCUUUUUUCCACAAUGUCGGACGGUUGGAUUGUGCGCAUACUGCGAGUGGCAUUAGCGAGCUGAAGAGUGCAUAUCAAGCACUACUCGACGCAAAAGAAGGGCUUGAGACGACGACAGAAUGGCUGAAUAGUGAGGAUGAGAUCUUGAAAGCAAUGCCACUUUUGGAGCGUGAUCAAAUACAGGGCUGGAAAGCAGUUUUCAGCAAAGACGGAGGUUGGCUAGCAGCGGCAAAAGCCAUCAACGCAAUCGGCGAGGAAUGCGAACGCAAAGGCGUGAAAUUCGCUUUCGGCGGCGCCGGAUCCUUCAAACAGCCCCUCUUCGCCGCAGACAACACGACCUGCAUCGGCGUCGAAACCCUCGACGGCACAAAAUACCACGCCGACAAAGUCGUCCUCGCAGCCGGAGCAUGGAGUCCCACCCUCGUCGACCUCGAAGGCCAAUGCAUCUCAAAAGCAUGGGUAUACGGCCACAUCCAACUCUCGCCCAGCGAAGCCGCAGAGUUCAAAGACCGCCCCGUAGUCUACAACGGCGACAUCGGCUUCUUCUUCGAACCCAACGAAUCCGGCAUCAUCAAGAUCUGCGACGAGUUCCCGGGAUUCACGCGGUUCAAACAACACCGCCCCUUUGGCGCGCAGGCGCCUAAACGGAUUUCCGUCCCAAGGUCAGCGGCGAAACAUCCCACCGACACGGUCCCGGACGUCAGUAAACAAAGCAUCAAAAGGGCGAUCGGGGUAUUCAUGCCGCGAUUCAAAGACCGCGAGGUGUUUAAUAGUCAUCUGUGCUGGUGCACGGAUACAAGUGAUGCUGCGUUGUUGGUGUGCGAGCACCCGCGGUGGAAAAACUUUGUGCUCGCGACGGGGGAUAGCGGGCACACGUUCAAGCUACUGCCGAAUAUCGGAAAACAUGUGGUUGAGUUGCUCGAGGGGAGUUUGGCGGGGGAUUUGAAGGAGGCGUGGAGGUGGAGGCCUGGGGGUGAUGCGUUGAAGAGUCGGCGGGCGGCGCCGGCGAGGGAUUUGAGUGAGGUUCCCGGAUGGAGGGAGGAAGGGGUCAAAGCGAAGCUGUGA